AUGAUCCAGUUCAGCCCUUUCCUCAUCACUGCUGGUUAUGGUGUGUGUUUUUCGCAGCAUUUCCGCGGCAGGAAGAACCGCUGCUACAGUCUGGCGGUGCGUGCCGUGCGCAGGGCGUUCGUCUACGCCAGCAAAGCUCGGAAAGUCAAGCGACACAGCAUGAGACAGCUGUGGAUCCAGCGCAUCGCAGCCGCCAGCAGAGAGCAGCACAUGAAGUACCCCGCACUCAUACACAACCUGCUGAAGGUGAGGGACCUCACAGCUAGCUCUCACGAGUGUGUGUGAGUGUGUGUGUGUGUGAGUGUGUG